AUGCUUAUGACACUGCUAAUUAAUGAUGCUGGUGAAAGGACACCAGACUCAACAGCAGAGCUCCACACGGCCAGUAUUGGAAAGACUCUGAACGACUGCUUAAACCAGAAAAGAUGCAGUGCUUGCCUAGAGUUCUUUUAUUCUGCGAACCACAGAUGUAAAGGGAAAUACGGUCCUCGACACCUGCCCGCCUCGCAAGACAGAGAUGCGCUCCCGCGGUGCCCCUGGAUCCCGAGGCCCGAAGGAUGCCGUCCCCCGUCCCAGCCGAGCUCCGUACGCAGGGCGUUAUGCAACCGUCCGGCCAGGCCGGGGCGACACCGGGACGGUCCCAGCGCCGGUGGGUCGCUGGCUUUCCGGGUGACAAGCGACCCCUGCACCUGCUACCGCUCGUCCCCAUCCCUACCGCGGGCAGGUCCCGCGGCAGGCGCCCCAAGGAGCGCGCUGCCUCAGCACAGAGACUCGCGAAUUCGGGAAAAGCGGGGCGCAGGCCGCAGCCGCGGCGGACAGCCGGGCCCCGCGCAGCCCUCCGUCCUCCCGGACACGGGCAGUGCGGGCCCGGCCAGCUCCUCGCACUGGUACGGCCGGGCCCGCGCCCGCCUCAGCCGCGCUCUCUCGCGCCAGACACUGAUCGGAGCUCGGCUCGCGGAGCCCCGUCCUGUUCGCCCGCCUCCCCCGCGCCGUGCCGCGGCCGCCGCCUCCCCGAGGCGUGGGCCUGGCGGGCGCCGCGGGAGCGGACGGCGGGGCCGGGCCUGGCGCAGAGCGGCGGCGGGGCCGGAACAGGCCGCGAGCCUGGAGCGCCCAACUGGGCCUUCCCCUUCCCCAGGCCACGGAGCUCGCCAGCCGCCUGUCCCCGACUUCCUCGGCAUCAACCACCCGCGCCGGCGCGGCUCCGCCAGCGUUACUUACCGAGGGCCGCGAGCGCCGGGUCCCGGGAGGUGA